AUAACUUCCAGAGCGGAUACUGCCGUUUUUGAACGUGCCAAACCGUUGAGGAUUUUUUCGGUUUAUGGAGAAAAGCUUUGGGUCUUUUAGCGUGUAUCUCACAAGUUUGUAAUGAGAACUAGGACAGUAGUGCUAUACCACCCUAAAUGUUUCUUCGAAAUCCUUAUUUGAAAUCCUCGAUCAAAGGUGCUGGUAUAUUUAUUUCCUGGAUACCUGUUGUAUUGGUGAUAGAUAAAUAUUUUUAUUCUGUAUCCAGUGUGAGUGGUUCUUCAAUGCAGCCUGCGUUAAAUCCAUUUCUUACCAGAAAGGACUGGAUUUUUGUGAAUAAGUUAUCUUUGAAUGAUCUAAACAAUAUCAAAGUGGAUGAUGUGUUGCUCAUAAGGUCUCCUACAAAUCCCAGCAAAAUUGUGAUUAAACGAGUUAAGGGAGUUCAGGGGGAUGUAAUCAGAACAAGAUAUCCAUAUUUAAGAAAUAGAUGUACUAUACCAAAAAAUCAUUUGUGGUUAGAAGGUGACAAUAUUCGUUCGAUUGAUAGCAAUACAUAUGGUCCUGUGUCAACUGGAUUAGUUAUUGGAAGGGCAGAAAAGAUUAUAUAUCCCUUUGAUAGAUUUGGUGACAUUCCCCAAGGGGGAAGAGAAGCAAGAUUAUCAAAAUUGCGUGCUAUAGGAUAAAUUGAACUAAUCAUUUUAAAAUGACUUUGUUAAUUUGAAUUUUUCUUAUUCUAAAUGGUUUGAAAGAUAUUUGCAUUAAUUGAAUUUUUGUUUUU